AUGACUGCUCGAGAAGCAAGGACGGUGAUUGUCAUCACCGGCUCUCAUACAAUCACCGCCGGCUAUGGCAUCCACGAGAUCCUCAAGCGUCCCUCCAUCUCCUUAACAGCACGCGUCGGCCUUCCGCGUUCGGCCGCCUCCGGAUCCUCGAGCUCGUCUUCGCCUCCCGACUACUCGCAGUACCUGGUCGGAUCUGCGCUCGACGAGGCUGAGCGUCGCGGCGAUGACCUCGCCAUCUUCUGGCCCAUGCGCAAGGGCUACGUUCGCGACUGGCAGCAGAUGAUCGCGCUGUGGAACUACGUGCUCUUCCACCUCUUGCCCAUCCGUCGCUCGCACAACGACUCCAACGUGCUCAUCAGCUUGCCGCUUCCCAUCUCGCGUGCAACACACGCCUACCUUACCCAGAUCUUCUUCGAGCACUUCAACUCGGCAGCCAUCACGAUCGCCGAGAAGCCGCUGCUUUCGUGCUAUGGCGUAGGCACCAUGAACGCGUGCGUCGUCGACCUCGGUUACGAGAGCUGCGACGUGACCCCGGUGAUCGAAUGUGUCGUCCAGUCCAACGCCAACGUCAAGACCGACGUCGGUGCGCGCCACUGCAUUCUCUACCUCGCCCAGCUCCUCCGCCGCGAUCAGAGCGUCGCCAAGGCGGUUCAGACGCUGCUCCGAUAUACCCGCAAGGCCGCAUCGGCAACGCCACGUGAGAACGACGACACGGCUCUCAGAAGCGCCAUGUUCUCGCUCGCAAGGCAGCUCGUCGAAGAAGGAUUGGUGCUCGACGAAGAUGCGGUCAAGAAGGGCGCUGGUGGCCUGCUUUCCGCCGCCGACGGCGAGGACGAAGAGGGCAACUUUGACAUCGCUGCUGUGCUCGUGGACGGUGCCAAGAAGCACGACGACGAGGACGAGGAGAGGCGCAGAGCGUUCGAGGCCAAUCAGGGCGAGGGCAUCGACGAAGCCGUGCUCGCCUCCAUCACGGGCGAGGACGGUCAGCCCGGCGGCUCGACGGACGACAAGGCGGUGCUCGUCCACUUCCGCGGACUCAAGCUCAAGAUCGGCCCCGAACGCUUCCGCUUCCUCGAGCCCCUCUUCCGACCCGAGCUGCUCAAGGAUGUGGCGGGCGCGGCUGAUCUGCACGUGGGCGACGAGCCGUUCGGCGCAGGACCUGUGGUGGCCGAGGCUAACGGCACUGCGGGCCAUGCUACGUCGAGCUUCGACAGCUAUCCGAUGCCCACUGCGACGCCCGACUGGAGCCAAGCUGUGCCUCUGCCGCUGGCGAUUGCCAACGCCAUCUCGCGCGUCGAGGAUGCGGAUCGUCGGCCACAGCUCUGGGAGAACCUGAUCUUCACAGGCCAUCCUGCCAAGAUCAAGACGAUCCAGAUCGAGGCCAUCUCUUCGCUCUCCGAGUUUGUCGCCACCGAACAGACCGAAGCGGCGCAGGUUCUCGCCGAACCCAACCCGCUGCAGGCGCGCAACGUUCGUGCGCUGCGCGUGCCCGACUACUUCUCCGAGUUCAAGGACCGCACCGACCUGGCGCCCUUCCUCGGCGGUACGAUCUAUGCCAAGCUUGUCUUUGGCGAUCCGCAGGCCAAGGCCUUUAUCACCAAGCAGAACUACAACGAGGCCGGCCCCAACCAAGCGUUCUCGGUCAAGCUCACCACCCAUACGCGACACGACACGAGUCCUCAGAGCGUUGGCAGGGUCCAGCAGAGUGAUUUUGUGGAGGGAUGCGGCCCUGGUGGCAGACCAACACCUCCAGCGAAGAAGCGUCACAUCGAAAUUUUUCGGCUACGUACGACGAGGCUCUCUGCCAUCACCUUCGUCUCGGCUGAUCCGAUCGGACUACGUGGCAGAACAUCGGCUCGGCUGCCUGCCGAAAGCUCUGCCCUGCCUGCCAUGGCGCUCAACGCUGCGGACGCUCUCUUCAUGGACGAGCUCUUCGCCGACCUCGACGCUUCCCACUUCUCCAUCCCUCCCUCGCAGAGCCCACCAAAGCCCAAGCCAAUCCGCCUGCAAGGCUCACAGACAUCCAAAGUGCAGAAUUUGGGUCCUUCCCGUCCUAGAGCAGUCCUCGCCGAAACGACUCGCUUCCAGUCUCAGCCGGCUCUCGACCUCGAUCUAGAGGACUGGUUCCAGCAGCCAGCGCCGCCCACGCCAAAGCUCGCGUCACGUCAUUCGCCAUCGGCCGUGAAGCGUCAGAAGCUAGAUCGCGGUAUCGAAGCUACCACCAGUACCGGUGCGUCGGCUUCCAAGAGACCUCGACAACCUCGCGAGCAAUGCACCUACGUCCGAUGCCGUGUCGUGGCAACUGUCCACGGCUCGUACAACGUCGCCAGUGACACGCACAGCGGCCCUGCACGCACACGGCCCGAGCACCUUCUCGUUCUCGAAAAAGACCAACUUGACUCAAGGAGCAAGCGAGCAGACGGAGUACGACCUCAGAACGCUCAGCAGGCCGAUGUGUAUCUUGCUUCUUUGCGCGACGACUGGAUGCAGACUAUCGUCGGCACCAGCGACAUCGUCCAUCUCGUCGGCCGCUUCGAGAGCGACUUGAGAAAGGUGCCGAUCCUCCUCGAGCAGCAGAGCAGUACAAGCGCAUCAAACAAGAGCAGGUCGGCACCGCACCCUGCGAUAGAGAUAGCACUCGAAGAACCAGCGGCUGACUCGACUCCUCCACCUGACGUCCGCGCAGAAUCGGUGGAGAGCGAUGACGAGCUGUGGGAUGAUCUCGCCUCGAUGCCGUCCUUGUCGCAGUGCGCCACCCAGGAGAUGCUCGCGUCCGAUGACGCUUCACGGGCUCAGAUCAUGCUCUUUGCUUCAAGGUCAACAGACGCCGACAGCGCAGAUAACGCUCUAGACAACCUCCUCGUAGUUCAUCCUGACGUCUUGGUGCCGGCCACCAAAGUCGCAGAUGUCGCCUCGUGCAUUCGCAAGCCCGUCGUUCAGGACCGACUCCGCGGCGCUUCCGAUACCACGGUCAGCCUUGUGAUGGGCAACAUGCUCCACGAGCUCCUCCAGGCCUGUCUCACCGCGCCACCUCCCCCAACCAGCCAAACCUUCCCACCACCCAAAAUUGAGGACGGCGACUCGAUGCCUACCGCAGAAGUCAAGGCCGUGUCUCCCUGGCCGGAGCGAUGGCAGGGUAUUGGCGACUUCAGUAGAGCCUUCGUGGACCACCAGAUCGAAGAACAAGUGCGCUCCAACGUUGAGAGCCUGUAUGCCAUCGAGCUCAGUGCCGAAGAGGCCACUGCUCAACUCCGCGAGAAAGCAGCUGCCUUCGCUCGCUUUGCGCAUGUCUUUCUACAACACGAUGACGAAGCUUCUUUCCACCCCGAGGCCAAUCUUCGCGAACAAAGCCGUGGCCCUGGGUCGAUGCCGGCAAAGGUGCGCAUUCGCCGCAUCCUCGAUGUGGAAGAGGAGAUCUGGAGCCCGGCCUUUGGGCUCAAGGGUAAGGUCGACGUCUCGGUCGAGUGCGACAUCGCCGACGGCUCCGACGCGAAGCCGCCGCGUAAGGUUGGCUCGAAUAGCAACGGUGCCUUUGCGCGAGGCGUGCAGAAGCAAGUUUCGGAAGCGCCGCCAGCCUCCAAGGUGACUACAUCCGUGGUCCCCCUUGAGCUCAAGACGGGCCGAGCCGAGGUGGUUUCAACCGAGCAUCGCGCACAGACGAUGCUGUAUACGCUCAUGAUGUCAGACCGCUACGCUACGCGAGUGAGCGACGGACUGCUGUACUACUCCAAGUCCGGCGAGAUGCACCGCAUCAGUCGCAGCCGCAACGAGGUUCGCAGCCUCAUCAUCGGACGCAACGAGCUGGCUCACUACCUGCGUCACAACCCGAGUCGGCUCGCCAAGCCCGACCCCGAGGCGACGCAGACCGAUCGCGUUCGGGUCCUGCCACCCACGAUCGACAGCGAGUACAAGUGUCGCAGGUGCUACGCCGUCGACGGGUGCAUGCUGUUCCGCCGCGCCAUCGAGAACAUCGUCGAGCCGAAGGAGGAGUCGAAUACGUCAAACGAAGACGUCUCGAAACUCAGCGCCGCGGAGGCACAGGGCACGGACCUGGUCUUGGCGAGGAGGACGCCGAUUGCGGAUGUGUACGAGCAGAAGACUUCGCAUCUGACGCCCGUGCAUCUCGACUUUUUCCGCAAGUGGGACCGGCUCCUCAAUCUCGAGGAGGAGGACGCCGUGCGAAUACGCAGAGAGAUGUGGACCAUAACGGCCGAGCAGCGCGAAAAGGCUGGGCGAUGCUUUGCCAACAUGCGCCUGGACCUCGACGCCUUGCAGCCCGAUGAAGCCUCGACAGCGCCGGCGUCGUCGUCGUCGAUGCGCCGCGUCGUUCAUCGCUUUGUGCGCCAUUGCCCCGUGGGGCAGGCUGCCGAGGCGAGCGUGCUAGCCGGCCACAUAUCGGUCAACGAUCCCGUGACGAUCUCGAUCGAGCCAGACAUGCUCUCGGUCGCGCAGGGAUUCGUGACCCGUCUCACGCCCACAUCGGUCGACAUCGGCCUAGAUCAUUCACUGGACGCGGUCAUGCAGCGGGCUCUCGAACGAGACGCCGCCGGCAGUGUGGACGGGCCGGUGGGACUCGAGGUUGCUGCGGACCGUAUGGUAUUCCGCAUCGACAAGGACGAGUUCGGAAGCGGCAUGGGUCGAGUUCGAGCCAACCUGGCUGCGCUCUUCCUGACGCCGCAGAGGGGCGGUGAUGUGAAGCGGCGCGAGCUCGUGGUCGACAUGCGUGCACCGCGUUUUGUCGAGCAUGGGCAGGACCAACGUGUGCGCGCGACCGUGGCAGAGGCGCGGGCGGACGCGAGCUUGAACGAGGACCAGCGUGUGGCGAUCGACAAGGUGCUGUCAGCCCAGGACUAUGCGCUUGUGCUCGGCAUGCCCGGCACAGGCAAGACCACGACGAUCGCCAAGCUGAUCCAGCUGCUCGACCAACCUGCAAAGGGCGAGGAGGAGGCGAUGCGGAUCUUGCGCCUGGGUAGCAGGGACAAGGUGCAUGCGGACGCGCACCAAUUCCUGCUGCCGCGCUGCUCGACCCUGGAGGAGCUGCGCGAGGCAUUCGAGUCGCCCAACGUGGUGGCAGCGACGUGCCUAAGUGUGCACCACACGUUUUUCUCGUCCGGCAUGGCCAAGUUGCGCAGCCGGCGUGGCGCAGAUUCGCCUUCGGAGUCGGCUGCAGAUGCGGCGCCCGAGUAUCUUUUCGACUACUGCAUCGUGGACGAGGCGUCGCAGAUCCCGCUGCCGACGUGUCUGGGGCCGCUGCGGUUCGCGGACAAGUUUGUGCUGGUUGGCGAUCACCAUCAGCUGCCGCCGCUGGUGAAGAACGCCGAGGCCAAGGCGGGCGGGCUGGACGUGUCGCUGUUCAAGCUGCUGUGCGAACGCCAUGGCGAUGCGUCCAUGGUGGCGCUCAGGUCGCAGUAUAGGAUGAACGCCGACAUCAUGCGGCUGGCUAACGAGCUCGUGUACAGCGGGCAGCUCAGGGCGGGCACGGAGCAGGUCAGGGAUCGGAGGUUGGAGCUUCCGCAUCUGGAGGCGGCGUUGCAAGGUGCGGAAGUGGGCGGAUGGAUGGAGGAAGUACUGAAGCCGGAAAGCAAGGUGAGAUUUGUCGACACGGCCGGGUUGCCGCUCGAGGUGGUGGGGGAGAGCAAGCACGGCGAGCUGGUCAAGAACCAGUUUGAAGCCGAGCUCGUUAUUAGCAUUACCGAGGCGCUGUUACGCGCAGGAUGCAUUGCGGACCAGAUCGGUGUGGUGACUCCGUAUCGGCAGCAGAUCAAGCUGCUCCGCUCGCUGGUGGCGACGCGUGCGAGCGGGGCUGGGAGGCAUGCACUUGAAGACGUCGAAAUUUUGACGGCUGAUCAGUCGCAGGGCAGAGACAAGGACGUGAUCAUCGUCACGUUCACGCGGGCCAACCAUGCACCCUCGUCAACAGGCGCACGCGGUGGGAGCACGGGUGAAUUGCUCAACGAUCUGCGCAGACUCAACGUCUCGCUCACCCGCGCCAAACGCAAACUCAUCCUCAUAGGCCAUUCCCCCACGCUCCGCGCAUCUAGCGUGCUCAGUCCCCUCCUCGACCUCGUCAAACAGCAGGGCUGGAUCAUAAACCUCCCCUCACCCCACCCCAGCCUAAGCUCACAGUAG